UUAAUAAUCUCCGUAGACGACUAAAUAUAGUCGAAAAUGAUCGUCUUACCCAAAUAGGGCAAGUAUCUAUUUUGAGAGGAGAAUUGGCUAUGGCUAAGGUUCAGGCUAUCCAUUCCGCAGCUGUUGCAAAAUUUGCAGAAGAAAGGGGAAGGAAUUCUACUGAAUUUAAUGAAAGAAACAAUGAAAAAUGGAAAAGUGUGCCUGAAUUGGCUGAAACAAAUGAUUUUUGCCACCAAAAUGAAAUUUCUCAAGGUAGUUUAAGAAUAAAAAAAAGAAGGGAGGCUAUCGACGAAAGGGAAAGAUCUAUAGUUAGCGAGGCUUUAAGAAGGCAAUUUACAACAUUAAAGGAAGAUAGAGACAAAAAAGUUGGUGAACAACAAAAAGUUGUGGAAGAGUUGAAAAAUGAGCGGAAAAAAGUUUCAGAAUUGUCUGAACAAUUAAAUCAAGUUACUGCUGAAUGUGGAUUAUUAAGGAGAGAAAAUGGAAUGUAUGAACAAAAGUGUGUAGAAAUGGAUAGGGAUAGACAAAAAAUGUAUUUAGUUAUGUUCCGGAAAGGGCAACAAGCUGCUUCAAAAAACAUUCAAAAAUUGGAGGAAGAAGAGGAAGAAAUGGAUGAAAAAACAGAAUUACAAGUUGUAACACGAUUUUUACAUGAUGCUUUCUUCUACUAUUUGCUUAGUAAAGGAUGUGCUAGGGAACAUUUACAAGCAAUUAUGACAAUGUUAAAUUUCACUCCGGAACAGAAGGAUAGAAUUUAUAAUCAACGUGGAAAAUCACUUCAACCAUGA